ACGAGGCUUCUAUAAUCCUGAUGUAGGGCUAGCCAGUGAGAGUCAAUGUCUACCCUGUAUGGCUGGAUUCUACUGCCAAGGACUUGGUAUCUGGGAGUUUACGACGGACACGGCUAAUGAUAACACCGCUGGGCCUUGUGAUCCUGGGUACUACUGCCUCUCUGGCGUGGACCUUCCCAAUCCAGAGAAUGAAACUGCCCUAGGCAUCGGUGGCCCAUGCCCCAAGGGGUUCUGGUGCCCCCAGCAGACAUCUGUCCCGAGCCCCUGUGUCCCUGGGACCUACUCUGACCAGCACUACCUGAUAAGCGAGAGCGAAUGCGAGUCCUGUGAACUGGGCAUGUAUUGCAGUCAGUACAAUCUUACUUCCCCAGAGGAAGUGUGCUCACCAGGAUUCUACUGUCUGAAUGGAUCGGAUACACCAACACCCUCUGGUGGUGGCACUAUCGGUGGUCCAUGCCCAACCAGACAUUACUGUGAUGGGAUCUCUCCAGUCCCAGUUGAGUGUGCUGAAGGGACAUGGAAUAACCUCGAGCAGCAGUCAACGUGCUCAGAGUGCCUCGAGGGGUACUACUGCCCUAAGGGUAUCUUCCACUACUCUGGGUAUCCGUGCCCAGCCGGGUACUACUGUCCAAACGGUACGCAGUAUGAGAACCAGUUUCCGUGUCCGAGGGGAUCAUAUCGUCCAAACACCAACGGUGUCGAUCUAGAAGACUGCACAGUCUGCGACCCCGGCAAGUAUUGCCAGUUUGAAGGAAACACCACCGUUACUGAUGACUGCGAUCCAGGUUACUUCUGCGUCCAAGGAUCGUGGACACCCCAACCCAAUGAUUUCAAUAACUACACCGAGGGAGACUGUCUCUGCCCGAGCAUUACAACUGGAGGACGCUGCCAGCCGGGUUACUACUGCCCUAAAGGUUCCAGUGAGCCUCAGGAAUGUACUGAAGGGAAUUACUGUGGAGUGGAUGGUCUGGAUGCUGUUUCGGCGCAGUGCUGGGCGGGUUAUUAUUGUGACCGUACUGCUACCAGACCAGAUCCUACUGAUGGAGUCACUGGGGAUAUAUGCCCUGCUGGAAGAUACUGCGGUGUUGGUACUGGUGCCAAUCCACCCUCUUGUCCAAUUGGCACCUUCUCUAAUAAUACUCAACUGACUGCUGUGUAUGAAUGUGAGAACUGUACUGCCGGAUACUACUGUGAGAUACCAGGAUUAACACAGCCGACUGGACAGUGCCAAGCAGGUUACUACUGCCCUAUUGGUCAAUCCAUCAUGAAUCCAUUCCCGUGUGAGGCAGGGUAUUAUUGCGAGGACGGCUCACCAGACCAAGUAGAAUGUCCGUCUGGAACCUACCAGGAUGAAACCACACAGAGCUCCUGCAAAGUCUGCAAUGAAGGUUACUAUUGCAACAUUGCCGAUGCACCAAUCAGUGACUACACGCUCUAUCCUUGUCCAAUCGGAUACUACUGUCCAAACGGCACUGAGUACUCCACCCAGUAUGGCUGUCCAGAGGGAACCUUUGGUAAUCAGACGUUGUUAGAGAGAGAAGACCAGUGUUAUGACUGUCCUGCUGGGAAAUACUGCGACGAGGUUGGCUUGUCCAACUACAAAGGUGACUGCGCGGCUGGCUCAUGGUGUAAGGGAAAAUCUGCCACAGCAACCCCCACGGAUGGCGUGACUGGUGAAGACUGCCCUCCUGGACAAUACUGUCCCAGCGGUGUGCCACUACCAGAGGACUGUCCCGUCGGUAAGAUGUCCGACAGUACGGGAUUAAAGAUGGUGUCAGAGUGUCAACCAUGUCAAGGGGGCUACUUCUGUAAUGGGACUGGACUGACUCAACCAAGUGGACCUUGUGAUCCUGGAUAUUACUGUCUCGGUAACGCAACCUCCCCGACACCAGAAGACGGUGGAGUGACCGGUGACCCAUGUCUGGCCGGUCACUAUUGUCCAGGUCCAACCACUUCAUCCAUCCCUUGUGAACCAGGGACGUAUACAACAACAACACAUCGUAGUGAGUGUGAUGUAUGUCCUGAAGGGUCGUACUGCAUCACUGGUUAUGACCCUGAACCCUGCCCACAUGGAUUCUACUGUCCAAACGGCACUGGCUAUGACUGGCGCCCAUGCCCUACCGGUUCCUACAGCAACCAAGUCGGCCUUAAGAAUGAGUCCCAGUGCACACUCUGCGAUCCAAAGAAGUUCUGUGCGUAUAUCAAUGCAACCAUGGUAACGGGAGAUUGUGAUGCCGGCUACUUCUGCACUGAGGGCUCUGAUACGGCAACUCCAGAAGUAACAUUCAAAGGCGUGGCAGGGGUGUGCCCAGUAGGUUCGUACUGUGAAGCGGCAACAGACACACCCACUCCAUGUGCAAGAGGAACAUUUGGGAACCAGACUAAGUUACAAUCUCAGAGCGAUUGCACCUAUUGUCUAUACGGCAUGUACUGCGACGCAGAGGGGUUAACCUGGCCAGCAGGAGACUGCGAUCCAGGCUUCUACUGCCUUAGGGGAUCUCUAGAUCCUAAUAACCCCACUGAGGAUGCUACUGGUGGACCAUGCCCGCCUGGACACUACUGCCCAUUGGGUACAUCAUUCCCAUUAGGGUGUGAUGCAGGGACGUAUAACCCACUGGAAGGGCAGUAUGAAUGCCAGGAUUGUGAAGAAGGAUUCUGGUGUCCAGAGAACUCCACCACGGCCAGUCUACUUUGUCCAAAAGGCCAUUACUGUCCCAGUGGGACUGAAUAUCCAACCCAGUAUCCAUGCCCUAAGGGUUAUUACAAUGACUAUCAGAUGAAGACACAGCUGGAAGAUUGUAAACCCUGCGAACCUGGGUACUACUGCGGAAGUCCUGGUCAGGAGAAUGUGACUGAGCUGUGCGCCCCUGGCUGGUACUGUAUCCGUGGAGCAUGGUCUGACAUGCCAACGGAUUACGGAUAUGAUAACAUCUCAACUAACUGCUUCUGUCCAGGGAAUUCUACGGGAGGGCAGUGCCAACCUGGAGAGUACUGCCCUGAGGGAUCUAACUACCCAACACCAUGCACCAGAGGUUACUACUGCGAUUCAGCUGGUCAGCAAAACGAGACGGCUCUUUGCGACGAGGGAUAUUAUUGCGUUGAGGGCGCUUGGCGACCUGACCCCAAUGAUAACAUCACUGGUGCCCUGUGUACACCGGGUCACUACUGCCCUCGAGGAACUUACGACCCUGAACCAUGUCCGGCGGGGUAUUUCAGCAAUGCUACCGGGAAUACAGCCUUUGAAGAUUGCAAACUUUGCUCUAAGGGUUUCUAUUGUGAAGACAGUGGUCUGUCUGAGCCCACCGCACCUUGUGAGGCUGGAUUCUUCUGCCCAGAUGGACAGAACGUCAGCCGACCAGCUCUCUAUGAAUGCUCACCAGGUCACUACUGCCCAGGUCAAAGUUCAGAUGAGGUUGCUUGUGAGUCUGGAACGUACCAAGAUGAAUGGGGAAUGUCAUCUUGUAAGCUCUGUCCCGAGGGCUACUAUUGUGACGGCACCCUCCAGAAUGACACCCAGUGCUCCCAUGGGGUGCAGAACCCAGUACCAUGCCCAGCUGGACACUACUGCCUGAAUGGUACCAAGUACGACACGGAGCACCCAUGUCCAAGUGGCACCUAUAAUAAUGGGUUGAAGCUGAAGGCGUCGGGUGAAUGCAUUCAGUGCCCGGGGGGUGAAUACUGUGAGACAGAGGGAUUGGAGAGCCCAAGUGGACCGUGCCAGGCAGGGUUCUACUGCGUCCGUGGAGCGAUAUUGAAAACACCAGUGAAUGGAGCGACUGGUGGGAUAUGCCCAGUAGGAGCUUAUUGCCCUACAGGAACCAACCGUACUUAUGACUGCCCUCCAGGGACUUAUAAUCCUACUGAAGGUCGUGAGUCAGUCUCGCAGUGUAAGGGAUGUGAACCUGGUGAGUUCUGUCCAGAGUAUGGCAUGAACCAGACGGCUGGUGAUUGUACAGAAGGAUUCUACUGCACUGGGAAUGCGUCGGUUGCUGCACCGGUGGACGGUAUCACAGGUGAUAUUUGCCCAAUCGGUUUCCACUGCCCGGCUGGUACUAGCUCACCGGUUCCCUGUGACCCAGGGACGUAUACAGACACUGAGCAGAAUGCACUGUGUGACCUUUGCACUCCGGGUCACUACUGCACCAUGGGAACCAAUCCACAGGAUUGUCCAGAGGGUUUCUACUGUCCAGAGGGUACUGGUCAUGUAUGGCAGUCUUGCCCACUGGGUACCUUCAGCAACCAGACAGGCUUGUCUAAUGAGACUCAAUGCACUCAAUGUACGUUUGGCUUCUACUGUGAUCAGCUGAACGCGACCUCAGAAUCAGGUCUCUGCGCUGCCGGCCAUUACUGUCGUCUUGGCUCAGACUCACGCACACCUUCUGUACUGUCACGUGGUGAUGCUGGCAUCUGUCCACCAGGCUACUUCUGCGAGCAAGGUACUGGUGAACCAGAGGCUUGUCCUGUGUCAACGUUUAACAACGAGACGAAUCGGGAGAGGAUGGAUCAAUGCCAGACCUGUCUGGAAGGCCACUUCUGCGACAUCCCUGGACUAGACUACCCAGCCGGUGAAUGUGAAGCUGGCUACUACUGCAAACUCGGCUCAAACUCCUCCAACCCAAGCACCACGACGGAGUCUGGUGGACCUUGCCCUACCGGGUCGUUCUGCAUCCCUGGUAGCAGUGACCACACCCUGUGUCUACCGGGAUACUACAACCCGGUGGAUAAACAGAGCGAGUGUUUAGACUGCCCUGAGGGGUAUUAUUGCACUAGUGGGAGCGUUAUGUUUGAAGACUGCCCCAAAGGUAGGUUGGUGUUGAAGUUGGGCUAA